UUUCCUCUCCGACCGCCAUCUCUAUCUACGUACACCUAUACAUAUGCAUAUGUUUCAUCACCCUCUUCUUUUCUCUUCUAGGUAGCUCCCCACCUUCGCAUUUAUGUUCCUUCUGGAGUCUGCAGCUCUGUGUUCAGCUGGAGUCUGAGUAAGAUUAUUGUGUUGCUCCUGCACAACCACAGAUGGAGAAGAAAACUUUCUUUGCAAACUUGGAUGAGAAGGGCUCAAGGUGCACGGUUGAUUGCAAGAAUAUUGUCAAGAUGGAAAUUCUGUUGGAUGAACAAGUUAAGGCUCCCAAGAGCCCAGAGGAUGUUGAUGUUGAUAUAAUUGACAGUAUAAAAGAAGCUGAUACUAGUCCUGUUGAAGCUGAGGACCCUGAUGCAACUGAAUGUUCAAGCUCAUUUGCCGACACUAUUUCUGAUACUGAGAAAUGUUCUGGACUAAGUGAUGCUGAAGUGGAAUCCCAGUUCAUUGGUGAUGAACCUUUUGGAUCUGCUUAUGAUGCAUUCAGCGAUGUGUUUCAAAUGAGGAAGAAGAAGUUGACGAGUCAUUGGAGGAACUUCAUACAGCCACUUAUGUGGCGCUGCAAAUGGACAGAACUCAGAAUGAAAGAAAUUGAGUCUCAAGCAUUAAAAUAUUCCAGAGAGCUUGAGGCAUACAACCAUGCUAAAUAUUCACUAAUCAAUCAACAUACACUAGAAGGUUUUAGUUCAAAGUCAUUGCCUUGUCCUGGUCAGUAUUGCAGGAAAAAGGUCCUAAAGAGGAGGAAACGAAAGAAAGUUGAAGAAACAACAGAUAUUAUUUCAUACAUGUCACAUCAUAAUCUAUUCUCCUAUCUUGAGAAAAAGAAGUCCUUUCGAGAUGGCACUGCAGAUGAUUUUGCUAAUGCAGUUAUUACAGACCAACAUGCUGAAUGCAGUGAAAAUUUUGGCAUUAAUACUGAUCAAAUGCUUUUGGAGCUUGGAGAUGGUGAAAAUUCCUUGGAGCAGGUUCUUUGGAAUAUUGAGGUGGCUCACUCUCAUGUCUGCAAAUUGAAGAGUAAACUUGAUAUGAUAAUAUCCAAAAAUGUCUCAAGGUUUUCUUCCUCAGAGAACUUGAGCCUUCUUGUACCUUGUGAGGCUCAGACCAGUUCUGCUCUUAGUCCUACGUUGUCAGCUGGAAAUGGAGACACGGUGUCAGUUGGAGCUAUGUAUAAUCCCAAUCAGCAUAAUGCAGAAUACAAUAUUGCAGGUUUUGUUAUGCCUGGAAGUGCAGUUUCAAGUUAUGGAGAAGCUUUUCAUGUUCCUGAUAUAAUCGAAAGCACAGUAGGACUGCUGCCAUAUGCUGAUGUUACCUUCCACCAGCCACAAAUCAGAGACUUGUGUGAAGAUAUUGUAGACAAUGUCCUGAUUCAUAACGAAGGGGCUCAUGGAGAAGGAAACACUUUCAUGACAACAUAUAAUCAGCCUAUGGAGAAGUUUCAUGAACCAGAGAAAAUUGAAGAUGGAAAGAGCACUAAUCCCUCUCCACUCCCAACAUCAGAACCAAACCCUGCUGCAAAAACCACAUCAUCACAGGAGCAAUCAACUCUGGGAACAUGUUUGGCAUCAGAUAUAAAUUUCCCCAGGAACAAGAGAAAGCGAGGGGAGCGUAAAGCUGGUUCUGGUGGUUGGAACAAGAAACAAUCAGGUGAACCUGACAGCCAAUAACUAUCUUCAGUGGUUGACUAAGCUAGUUAUUUUUGCUUGUGGACGCUGCUGUUUGCUGAGAAGCAUAUUGUUUGCAUCAAUGAAUCGGAGUAGUGUGUUUAAAGAGAAAGGAAGUUUUAAUUGAUUCAGGACGCUGAAUGCUCUCAUAAGGGGCCAUAGCAUAGUUGGCAUUUGCAGCACUUGAUAAGUGUCAGAACAUGCACGUGUUGCUGUCACAGUGGCUCUGCCGUGUACACGUGAUGUGCUUGGUAAUAAACAUACCAACACCAGAUGCUCUAUGCAAAACAACCUACUAGUUCUUCCAGAUAUUUUUCUGGACCAUCCCCAUCUAAGUUCCUGUUAGACCUAGUUUCUGAAGCAAUUUUUUCCUUA